GCUAGGCUAUGAAGGCUUUAAUGGAACUUGAAACGCAAUAAAACGGUGGAUGAGGCACAACAUUAAAUCUUGACAUCUGGAAGCUUUAAACAAAGUGUCAGUAUAUUAACCAUAUCGGAGGUAGUGGCUUUUCAAAGUACCUGGAUAUUUCAGUGCUGCAGAGCAGUAAAAUGUUUGCAAAGCUGAAGAAGAAGAUCGCAGAAGAGGCAGCGAUUGCUCCCCGACCCGGAGGAGCUGCCAGGAUCCCCAGGUCUGUUAGUAAGGAGUCGAUUACAUCCGUGGGAGCGGACUCCGGAGAUGACUUUGCUUCUGAUGGAAGCAGCUCUAGAGAGGAUCUUUCAUCCCAGUUGUUCAGAAGAAAUGAACAAAUAAGAAAACUGGAGGUCAAGCUGUCUGAUUAUGCUGAUCAGAUCCGAAACUUGCAGAAGAUAAAAGAGAAGCUUGAAAAUGCAUUAGAAAAGCAUCAGGAUUCCUCCAUGAGGAAGCUUCAGGAGCAGAAUGAAGCUCAUCAGGCCAGUCGAGCCAAGAUGGCUGAAGGAAUGGCUUUGGCCUUAGAAAAAAAGGACCAGGAGUGGAUGGAAAAGCUGGGUCAAGUUGAAAAGGAAAAAAGAAUGCUUGAAAAGCAGUUACAAGAAAUGAGGGAGCAGAGUUUGAACCUCUUUCAAAAAAGAGAUGAAAUUGAUGAGCUGGAGGGCUUUCAACAGCAGGAAAUUGCCAAAGUUAAACACAUGCUUUUGAAAAAGGAAGAAUCUCUGAGCAAAGCAGAGCAGGAAUUAGAGGCGUGCACUCAAGAGCUAACCCACACUAAGGAGGUGCUUCAGGAUGCAAGCAACGAGUCAUCAGGCCUCAGGAAAGAUCUUCAGGAGUUGCAGCAGCAGUUCUUGGAGCUAGAGGCACAGAGAGAUGAACUAAUGACAGCUGAGACAAAUGCAGAAAAUAAGAUCACUGCUCUGGAGUUAAGAGAACAGGAGCUACAAACUGUCAUUCAGCAGCUUUCUGUAGACUUGCAAAAUGCUCGAGUUGCUGGUUCUGGUUGUGAGAAGAGGCUGGAAUUGUUACAGGUGGAACAUGAAUCUCUGAAGGUGGAAUAUGAACAGCACAAGCAAAAGAUGACUUUUGAAUUUGCUGAGAGAAAUAAACUUACUGAACAGCUGCAGGAAAAAGUGUCUUCCUUGGAAAAAAAGCUAGAAAGGAAUCUUUCAGGGGAUGAACAUGUGCAGGAGCUACUGAAAGAGAAAGCUACUCUUGAGCAGCAACUGGAUGAAACCAGGCAGCAGCUACUGACAGACAGAACGCAUCACGCUGGGACUGUGAACCGGUUGGAGACACAGAAUAAAGAACUGGAACAAAACCUACAGGCUGCAACAGAAACAUUGAAAAAGAGCAAAGCAGCAGCUGCUGAGCAGGAUCUGAAGAUCCAGAAGUUGCAAACUGACCUAGAGGAUGAAAGAAGUAAACUACAGCAACAGAUGAUAAGUGAGAAACAUCAGUACGAUCAGAAAGUUGCCAAGCUGGAGUCUCACAUUGCUGCCCUUGAAAAAUCUUGGGAGUUUGAUAAAACAGCUGCUCAGCACAAGAUUAGUCAGUUGGAAAAGGAAAAUGAAAAUCUUAAUGGAAGCAAGGAGGAGUAUGAGACCUCUUUGAAAAAACAAGAGUCUGAACUGAAUAGGCUAAAGAAUGAAUUGAGCAGCAGGGAAACUGUCAGUGUUGAAAUUGCCAAAGCGUUGGAAGAAACACGGAAACAGAGAGAGGAACUGCAACAGCAGGUUUCACAUCUGACCUCCUUAAUAAAGGAAAAAGACCAGCUGAUUGAGGAAAAAUGUGAUCUGCUUCUAAAAGAGAAGGAAGAACUAAACCAACUCAGGCAAGAUCAUGAAGCUGCCUUGCUGCAAAUGCAUCAGUUGCAAUCUGACAUAGAAGCAAGUAAUAGCCAAGCAGUGGCUAAAGAAGAAAUGGCAAGAAAGGAAAUUGAUGAACUGAAGCUGCAGAUACAGGAGUGCCUGUUGGCCAGGGAACAUGAGAAAAAUGUUUCAGAACUAGAGGAAUCAACAAGAGACCUGAACAACAAGCAUUUCGAUUCUCCAGAAAACCGUGUGGUGGAACAGAAUGGAGAGGUAGCAACUGCAGAUGUCAUUCAGCUUCAGAAGGAUAACAGAGAGCUGGAACAGCAAAUUGCUGAGAAAAACAAGGUGAUAAAGCAGCUACAGCAAAGAAUGACAGAACUGAAGAAAACACUCCAGAAAGAGCUGAAAAUAAGGCCUGACAGUGAGGUUCCUGAAGUACGUGAAAAAGCAAAUUCUGAAGUGCCUAAUGCCUCUGUGACUGUCACAAACAACUCUGAUUUAAAUGACUCCAGGGAGAUAAACUUUGAAUACCUUAAACAUGUUGUACUGAAAUUCAUGUCCUGCCGGGAAUCUGAGGCAUUCCAUCUAAUUAAAGCUGUGUCUGUGUUACUGAAUUUUUCACAAGAGGAAGAAAACAUGCUUAAAGAAACUUUGGAGUACAAGAUGUCGUGGUUUGGGUCAAAGCCAUCUCCUAAAGGCAGUAUCCGGCCGUCUAUCUCAAGCCCAAGGACACUGUGGCCUUAAGGGAACCUGAGAACAGGCAGUCAGCAUCUAGCCACUUUUUUCUGUGAAAAGAACGCUGCACACACUGCUCCAGGUGUGUCUUAAUCACUGUCAUUGCAGUAUUUUGUACAAGAACUUUUGACACUGUUUACAAAACUAAUACUGUGCAAGGAGAAAUUUUCACUACGAACUGAAACACCUCUUCUGGCUUGGAUUCAGAGACUGUUGUCUCGAUGGUCUCUUCCUGGAAGUCAGCUCCUUGUGCUCGUCGUUCUUGUUUCCUUGGCACCAAAGGGUAGCGUUAACCUCACCAGUACUGGUGCUGGCAGUCCAGGCUUUUAAGCUGUCUAUUAUGGUGGUGAUUCCAACUUCUGUUGUGGAGCGCUAGAGCUGAGUUAACUCGAGGCACAGGAACACUUCCUUGUCUUGCUGUGGAAAGCAAGCAGUGGGGGAAAAAAAAUAACCAUGUUGGUAGUACUGUAUUGGGGUUUUGAUGGUUUGAGAAGCCUUUUGAAGAACAGGAGCAGGAGCUUUAACCAAAAAAAAAAAACAAACUCUGCCUUGCCUUGUUUUACUGACAUAACUAAUAAUUUGCAUUUUUUCAUAUCACUGUGUCAUGUAAGGUGCAUAUAUCCUGGCCUGCAGUCCUGAAGGCUGCAUGUUGAUGAUGAUUAUUUAAUUUGAGAGCACAACUUUAGAGUUGUCUGAUUUUACUUUUCUUAAAGAAAAAGAAUAUUUUAAAAUGGUCUUAAUUAUAGUACCUAAUACUCAGUCGCCUUUAAAACUAAUCUAUUAGCCUGUACCAUAGGUUGUUAGCAUCGGGAAGAAAGGGUAGGAAACAGAUUUUAAGUUUUUAAAGCUGAAUUCCAGGUAUUGUAAAUGCACACUGAGAAUACCUUUUAUUUAAAAAAAAAUAGAAGAAGAAG